UUAAAUUGAUGGAGCUUACGGCUUUGAAAUAAAAUAUACAAAUUUUCUUUUUAAAGUGUGCACGAUGGACGUUACCGCGCGAGCACAUAAUAAUAUUGAAUACUAACUAACAAUAAAAGAAUAUCAAAAGAAGUUGUCGUUUCUGACAACGUUAAAUAUAAUCAAAGUAAUGGUUAUAAAUAAUUAAAGCUUUCUAAAUUGUACGGUAUAUAACUAAGCUCUCAUACAAUGCUCUCCGCAUUCUUUUUAUGUAGGUAGGUACGAUUUAUCGUGCUUUAGUACUACAGCAAUACUGAGCAGAAAUGGAGUUAUAUAACCAAACAUUUAAUAUUAUUUUAUUUCUUGCUAUAUCUUGUCAUGGUUUUGAUGCAUCGGCAUUCUAUGUCGAGAAAGAGACGCAAAAUGUCUUAUCAAUGUCAUUUACUCAUUGUGACCAAACCAUUUUCAUUGAUAUCGACAAUGAAACCAGUGUUAUUUUCAAAAACAACCUAAUUAAAUAUAUACACGAUUUAAACCAUUCCGUUAUUUUGGUAAAUCAAGUGCCAAGUUUUAUUUCUAGCGGAAAAAUAAUGAUACUUGCAGAAAACCCAAAUAUUGUCUUUACUACUAAAUUCCUAAAUACAAGUGUGCUUGACAGUCCAAUACUGGAUUCUUUGCUAAAUUCACAUUGGUCAGCAUUAUUUAUUAUUGUAACUACUGAAGAUAGCAUAUAUAAUUGUGAUGACGGAAUAUUAAACGAAGACGCUUUCUAUAACAUUGAAGAAUUUCUAAACGAUAUGUGGUACAAACAUCGCAUUAUGCAUGUUUUCUUAAAUCUGCCGUAUGUUUGCCCAAACAAAUAUGUCAUAUAUGAUAGCUUAAAAUUAACCGAAGGGGAAUUGUACAACAGGACCAUUAAACUUGUUCGAGAAGAACAUUUACCAGGAACUAUAUCACGUAAAUCAGCUAGAAUGUUAACUAAAAACUAUCCCCUUAGAGGCAAUAUCUUUGAUCGGUUUCCUACUUCUAUUCAGAAAUGUGAAGGUACCAAUAUCUACAUAAAGACCAGUAAGGAAACCAGUGGCGGGUAUUGCGGAUUGGACGGACUCGUAAUGUCAGAUAUAGUGAGCCACUUUGAAUUUAAUUUAUCGUUACCCUAUUUGGGCGCGGACUCCGUGAAGUAUGGGUAUCAGCAGCAGGACGGGACUGUAACUGGCAGCCUGGGACACAUAGUGAGAAGAGAUGUGGACUUUUCUUUCAACUCGCGGUUCAUGACGACAUAUACCACGGGGCAACAGGCAUACAGAUUUGCAUUUCCCGUCGCAACUGAUGAUGUUUGCCUUGUUUUGAAACAGCCUGAAGAAGAACCCCUUUGGCGGUACCCUAUCAAUGCAUACACUGUUCUGCAGUGGGUCUUUAUUCUUGCCUGCCUUUCUAUCAUUGGCUUUAUAAUGUGGGCAUUUGCAAAGAUCCAAAAUAAAAUGAAUAAUACUAGAGCUGCUACACUCCUGUCUUACGUCCUGAACUCUAUACAUGCUGGAUUGUUUGGGUUCUUUUUCAAACGAAGAAAUAACUUACUUCUGUUCAGAGUUAGCUGUUUGUAUGCUUCAAUAAUGCUGCUCGCGGAUUAUCAGGCAAGUCUUCGUAUUGUUUUCUUUAUUUUGCUUAAAUCAUGCUCUUCUAUCAUCUGAGGCUU